CAGCAACAGUAACAUGGACAUGGAGGACGCUUUAAAGAGUUGUGAUGUUGUUGAUGGGCCACGUUGUAAGCACGGGUGCCAUACAACAUUUUAUGUUUCUCAAACUAGCAAACAUCCGGGGAAAAAGUUCUUCAAGUGCCCAUAUUGGUAGGUGAAAGUGUGAAACAAAAGGAUUGUGGAUAUUUUUUAUGGAUGGAAGACCUGCACCAAGACGUCAUUGAGUCUCUAGUGAAGCACAUUGAUGAACUACAUGAAAUAAAUACUUCUUUAAAUGAUAAGGUUAAGGAAUUGGAACUGAAAUUGAGAAAGUUUGAAGAAAUGAUGGUUACCGAGUCCAAUAAAAGAAAGAGGAUGAAGGAAGAAAUUCAACAAGUAAAAGUUGCAUAUUCUCACAUGGAGUCUCAAAAACCUAUCUCCAAAAACAACAAUUGGAGGGGUAAAUGGAUGGAUGUUCUCAUGACUAUCUUUAUUGUUGGUCUUCUGGUGUUGGCUGUUUUGGUUGGAAGCAUAUCAAUGGUAAUGCAAAUGGUGUUCCGGUUCAUCCAAGAAGAUAGAUUAAUAGGAGCCGUUAACUUACGGAAAUGUAGUGUAUUAUGUGUAAUGUAUUGUGUAUAGGGUAAUGUAGUAGUGUUUUAUGUAAUUCAUUGUUAUAUAAAAAUCAGCCCAGAUUUAUUUUGAUUUUGUUAUUUGACAUUUCGUUAUAUGAGAGAACC